AUGACUCCAUCUCCUGUUGCUGAAUUUGCCCGCUCUGAAUCAGUCGAAAAGUCGCAAGUCGCGUAUAGUGGCGACGACGCGAAACCACAAAGCCCGAGAAGGAAGCCGUCCGAACUGGGUGCGGGUGAACAGCAGUCUAAGGAGACGUCUGGUCAAAGUCGAUCUCGCCCUGACUACGUGGACUACUACCACCGGUCCAAGCUUUGUAUUUACUUCCUAACGCGACAAGGUGGAUGCUCUGCCGGUGAUGAUUGCCCUUAUGCUCACUGUCCUGAAGAACUGAAAGACCCCAAGUCGUACGCGUGCCCAGAGUAUGAGCAGUUUGGUCAGUGCCAGGGUUUCAACGAGGGGAAGUGUCCCUAUGGUCACGGCGUUGAAGACAUACACUUCGUCCCUCGAAGGCUCAUGGAGGGCGCCUGUAAGUACGGGAUAAGGUGCAGGGCGGGCGACAACUGCAGAUUUGCACACACUGAAGAGGAGAUGAAAACUGGCAUGAGACGGUAUUGCUACAAUCUGGACAACAGUGUUGAUAGAAAGCUGAAGGAAAUGUACCCAGGGCAGCAGCCGCGGAAAGAUAAUGGUGAUCAGAGAAAUCCACCGAAACGGUUGGAAAUGCUGAAAAAUCAACAACAACAGCAGCCGGUGGCGGCGGCGGCGGCUGUGGUGACACAGCAGAAGUCGGGGGCUGGGCGAGAAAAAGGUAGAGGAAGUCGGCCCAGAAGCACGAGUAUGAGUAUCCCAGGGGAAAGCGGCAUGGGCUCGGUUGGUGGUGUCGACGGUAGUCGUCGGCAGUCUUGGGAGGAACAACAACGAAGUCAUCAAAAUCGUCCUGGUUCGCGUUACGAGAACCCAACGACAGCUGUGCUGAGCGGAGCUGGGCAGCAUUGUAACGGGAGUAUGGGAGAGGUGCCUCUUCUACAUCAGCCCACGGCUAUACUCAUGCCUAGUGGUUCCUAUCCCACUGCACCGAGUAGUAAUAAUAACAGCAACCAGCACAACACCGUUAUGGGUACACCGGCAUUACGCACGCCGAACUGGAGUGUUGUGGGCCAGGGGGCCACUACUGCUGCUGCUGGUCCUCAGCAACAUCACCAGAUGGUGCUAUUGAACUAUCACAAUCAGCACCAACAACAACAACAAGAAGGCUAUCCUACGUAA